GACAUUUUUAAUGACAAACACUCACGUAAAGUAAGAAUCAGGCAAGAUUCAAGAAAUGCUUUGAGUAUUUCAUGGAUAUGGAUUGGCUUCAUGAUAGUUUGGGCCUCUUUUAUGGGUUUCGUAUUCCUUGGGCAUUUUCAAAUGAGUAUUUUGGCGAUGAUGUAUAAAGAACAUCGAAAUACAACGAUGUCGAACGUCACUCAGGAAGAUUUUGGCCCUAGGUACAACUGGACUUUAUACCAGGAAGGACAACUUAUAAGUGCAUUCUAUUAUGGACUGAGUAUUAUGUCUUUUCCUGGUGGAAUUUUAGCAGAUUUAGUCGGACCUUUUAAAACAAUUCUUGUUACUAACAUCAUAAUGGUAAUUGUUACCAGUGUUUCUGUACCCGUUAGUGGAGAUAACUGGAUACCACUUUUCACUUGCAGAUUCAUAAUUGGAUUGUGCUCAGGUCCUUCAUCACCUUGCAUGAUGUCCUUGAUAGCUAAAUGGUCCCCACCGAACGAGAAAUCCCUUUUUAUGUCUUGCAUACUCGGAUUCAUUUUUGGUACUCUAGUUACCCCACCUAUUUCAUCUAUAAUAAUAAUACAUUUAGGGUGGGAAUGGUCAUUCUACUUGACAUCCAUAGUUGGAGUCCUAUUCGUUGUGGCGUGGUUCAUUCUAGUUUCUGAUUAUCCAAUCGACAACUGGUUUUGCUCGAAAGAAGAAGCCACGUUCAUCAAUGACAGCUUGGAAGGGACUGUAAUCAAAGGAUGGAUGAAACCACCUAUCUGGAAGAUGCUCAAAUCUGUCCCGUUCAUCGUGAUGGUUAUGGGUCAUUUUGGCGUGGUAUCUGGAAUUUUCUUCAUAGUAGUUCUUCUACCUAAAUUUUUUUAUGAGGCCCUGCACUUUGAUCUGAUAAAAAUCGGUCAUAUGGCAGCCAUUCCUGGUGUCGGUAGAGUCCUUGCAGGAUUACUUUAUGGAGGUGUAGUAGGAUUUGUAUCGAAGAAAUACGAGUUUGACAAGAAAUAUUUGAGGAAAGGAUUGGUUACCUGCUCGCAUUUGCUGCCAGGAAUAUUCCUUUUGAUAUUUUUAUUUAAUUUCUUGUUUGAAUUCGGAGAAUACCUGGUGUUAGGAAUUCUGGUCAUGGCUACAGUAUGUACAUCAGCAGCAAUGGUGACCACUACCAUGAAUCCCCAAGAUUUGGCACCCAAUUUUGCUGGAACACAGAUCGGAAUAAUGGGACUUUUUGGCUCUACCUCAGGUUUCAUUUAUCCCGCUAUUUUGGUGGAACUAACGAAAGAAAAGAGUGAUAUUCAUCAAUGGUCGAUUCUACUGAGCAUAAUUGGUGGGGUUUAUUUGACGACUGGUUUUCUAUUCAUAAUUUUUGGUUCAACUUCUAUUCAAUCCUGGAAUGAGAAGAGGAGUGCAAUUCAGUUGAAUGUUUGACUUAUUGUAAAAAAAAAUAUAAUUUUU